AUGGCUCAGACUCAAAUUGAAACAGCCAUAAAACUGCUGCUCCAGGAAGCCGAAGAGCUAUGCAUUGGUGGACAAAUAUCGGAACUGCAGCAGACGCCCAGCGCAUUGGAGUUCGCACGUGAUUACUAUGCCAAAAAUGCGCCCGUGGUCAUACGCCAGGCUGUGGCGCAUUGGCCUGCAGUACAGAAGUGGACGCCGGAUUAUUUGCAGACGACACUAAAUGACAAAGUUCUGGAUGUGGCUGUCACACCCAAUGGCUAUGCUGAUGGUCUAGCCACCCAGGCUGGCGAAGAGUAUUUCGUGUUACCGCUGGAAACAGAGAUGCCAUUAUCUGAACUAUUGAAGCGUCUGGAUGAUCCCAUGGGUGCCGUACACUACAUACAAAAGCAAAAUUCCAACUUCAGCCUAGACUUUCCGGAACUAGCCGGUGAUAUUGUGUCCAGUGAUUUGGACUUUGCAGCACAGUGCUUUAAUAAGCCGCCUGAUGCCGUCAACUUUUGGCUGGGCGACGAGCGUGCCAUUACCUCCAUGCAUAAGGAUCCCUAUGAAAACUUGUAUUGCGUUAUUUCGGGCUACAAGGAUUUCAUAUUGUUGCCACCGCACCAGCUCUGCUGUGUACCACGGCGCAGUUAUCCAACUGGCAUCUACAAGCGCAAAUCAUGUGGCCAGUUUUAUAUCGAGCCCUUGAUUGAUAAUGGCGAAGUGCAGCAGACUGAAUGGGUCAGCAUUGAUCCAUUAGCACCUGACCUCGGCACAUACCCACAAUAUGCCAAAGCGCGCCCUUUGCGUGUACGCGUUCACGCGGGUGACGUGCUCUACCUGCCCAAUUAUUGGUUCCAUCACGUGCGGCAGAGUCAUAAGUGCAUUGCUGUCAAUUUUUGGUAUGAUAUGGAAUACGACAGUCGCUAUUGUUACUAUCGUAUGCUGGAGCAGCUCACAAAGAAAUCAGAUGAACUAAAAUAGUCAAGAGUCAAUGUUAAUUUGCAUCGUUAUCUGUAAAUUUAUAAAUUUUUGUUACAUUUCUAAGCCAGUAAUAUAUAAAAGAACAAUCGUA